CUUUGCACCCUGCAGUUAAAGGAGAAGAGAGGAAACACAAUACAGCCGAGCAGGAUGCUUCCCCUACCACAAAUGUUAUCUUUAAGGCCUUUGCUGAAAGAAGUUCUGAUUGCUGAACUCAUGUUGGGCUUCCUUCUCCUGGCAAACUUCUGCAAAUGUCAGUCCCUGGAGACAAACCAGCCUCAGCUGGUGAUAGCAAUGGUCGGUGAAGACGUUGUUUUACCGUGUCACCUGGGAGUUGCUGUGAACGUUAAUGAAUUGGUGCUGGAAUGGGGGAGACUGGACCUAAGUCCCAAAUUUGUGAAUGUGUGGUUUGAAGGGAGUGAAUACACAGAUGACCUAAACACAGCCUACAGGGGAAGAACGUCACUGUUCACAGACAGACUGAGAGACGGAGAUGUUUCACUGAGACUGACGGGUGUAAGACACUCUGACAACGCAAGAUUUAGGUGCUACUAUCCAAAAGGGAAUAAAGAAUAUUUUAUCAACCUUCUUGUUGUGUCCGUCUCCUCACCUGCUGUCAGUUUAGCAGGAUUUGAUCCAAGCAGCAGUGGAGUGAUGCUGGACUGCAGCUCCGCUGGCUGGUUUCCAGAACCUGAAAUCUUCUGGCUGGACAGGGAGGGAAGCAUCAUGUCUGCUGGAGCUGCAGAGACAAUCAAAGGUCCUGAAGGUCUCUACACUGUCAGCAGCAGAGUUACUGUGGAGAAGAGACACAACAACAUCACCUGCAGAGUCCAGCAGAAGGACAUCAACCAGACCAGAGAGACACACUUUUAUGUCCAAGAUGAUUUCUUCUUGUGUCAGUCUGGCUGCUUAAUUCACGUCACCUUUAAUGUAAUUUUUGUCAUUAUGCUUAUUUUUGGAGUCUUCCUUCUUAUCUGGAUAAAGAAACAAAACAAAAAGAUGAAGAAGCUAGAGGGAAGAGGGAAUGAAGAGCAGCAGCAGCUCAUGAAUUUGAUUGGGAAAAAGUCAAACCUUGAGGAGGAGAUAAGAAAGAGAAAUGAGGACCAGAGAAGCAUUGAUCAGCAGAUUGAAGCAUUAAUGAAGAUGUCAGAGGAACUGAUAAAGCAGAAACAAAGUCUCACUGAUCAAAUAGAGGCGGCAGACAAAAUAGUUGAAGAGAAUGAGAGGAAGCUUAAGGCAGUUGAUGAUGAAGUAAAGAACCAGAAGGAGAACAAGAAAGAAAAUAAAGGACAACACUUAAAACAGAAGCAAAUCAUGACGGAGAGCAACGAGAGACUGCUUGAGAGAAAGAAAAUUCAUCAAGAGAUGGAACUGAUGACAGAGAAACUAAUGAAGAUUCCUUCUGAUGAAGUCACCAAGCUGAAGGAGAGAAAACAGGAACUAGAGAAACAUGUGGAGGAAUUAAAACAACAACUGAAAGAAAUGGAGACACAGACGUGAUUUCACUGCUGAGACAGAAAUAAAUCAAGUUUGCAUUUACUCUGCAUCAUCAUGAUGUGAGAAAAGUUUAUACACAAAUGAUUUACAACAGACUUUGGGACGUUUUUCUAUUUCAACGUACUAGCACAGGUUCAGAAGUAGUGUUAAAUUUGAUUAAUUUGAUGACUGAUUAAAAUUAUUUAAAGCAUUAGACAUGUUUUAAACACAUUUUACAGGACAAAUUUGAAAAUUGCCUUAAAUAUGAGUAAAAUAUAUAUUUUAACACUUCUAUUUUAAAGCUCUUUUAGCUAAAUAAAUGUUGAUUUAAAGGCACAAUAAAUAUAUUUGAAUAUAAAUAAAUGGCUAAUAGCGACCAUACUGAACCUUUUCAGUCUUCUCCAUUGUCUUGAUCUUAUUGUAGUUUUAUCUUUAAUUAGUAAUUUGACUUAUGCUGUUUAAGCUCAUGUUUUAAAUUCAAGUGGCUACAUUUUUAGAUAAUGUAUUUUUAUCACAGCAGUCUUGCAGAUUCUUGAUUGAAUAAAUUAAGCCCAGUGACAGAUUUUUAUUAAGGAUAGUUCAAUAUUUGCUUGUGUUUUUUACUUAAUAUUAAAUGUAUUUUCCAUUUGUAAUAGAAAAUAAAUCUGGUUUAAUGUUU